AUGGCAAAGAAGAAUCGGAAAAUUGUGAGACGAGAUGAGAUGGAUCAUACAAGUAAUUUGCCUGAUGAUUUGUUAGUCAUAAUUUUGUCUCUUGUUCCAACUGAACAAGCUAUUACAACUAGCUUCCUAUCCCAUAGAUGGAAGUUCUUUUGGAAUUUACUUCCUGAGCUAGACUUUGAUUAUGCUAGCUUUUGCAAAAGCUUCGGUAUUGUGCUCGAGCAUAGUAAAAAGGAGCGGUUUCGUGGGUUCCUUGACUUUGUGGAUUAUGUAUUUACUCACCAUCAAGUAAAACAUUUGUAUAGGCUUCGAUUUGGAUUUGACAUUUCUAGGCACAAAAAUUAUGCUUUUGACAAAAAUUAUUCUUCGGAAGUUCGUAGGUUGUUUAGAUUUCCGAUGAGACGUAAUUGUUCGACACUUGAUUUGCAAUUUUUGAAUCUUAUAACACCGUGCUUAUACCCAACAUACCAUGGAAUGUACACUUUGCCACCAUGUAAAACCUUACCAUACCAAUCAGUAAUCCAGUGGAAAUUAACUAACUGUAAACUUACAAUCUAUAAGGGUAAUAGUUUUCUCUCGGUUAAGAUUGCAAAGUUUACAGUUGUCGAGCUACGGAAGAAGUCAGUGUACGAUUUAGUCUCUAAAUGUCCAUGCCUCGAAGAAUUACAUCUAAUUCGUUGUAAACUUCCAUCAUCCUCUUUCAAGUUAAAUUCUCCAGAAUCAAAUCUCAAAUGUUUAGUUUUGCAACAGUCUGAAGCGAAAGACAGAAUGUUAAAUACUAGAGAUAAUGAGCACGAGUUGCUUUGCAAGCUACUGCAGGAUCUCUGUAAUGUUGAAGUUCUCACACUUUGUUACCAAAAUCUCGAGUGUAAUACUGCAGUCAAAGUACCAGAAGUUGGUAUUUUGUAUGAUAUGUCAAAGAAGAAUCGGAAAAUUGUGAGAAGAGAUGAGAUGGAUCUUAUAAGUAAUUUUCCUGAUGAUUUGUUAGCCAGAAUUCUGUUUCUUGUUCCAACUGAACAAGCUGUUACAACUAGCUUCCUAUCCCAGAGAUGGAAGUCCUUAUGGAAUUUACUUCCUGAGCUAGACUUUGAUUAUGUUAGCUUUUGCAAAAGCUUCGGUAUUGUGCUUGAGCAUCGUGGAAAGGAGUUGUUUCGUGGGUUCCUUGAGUUUGUGGAUUAUGUAUUUAUUCACCAUCAAGUAAAACAUUUACACAUGCUUUGA